AGCAAGGUCGCGGGUGUGUUGCGGCUGGUUCCGACCACCAGAUAAUCGCUGAGACGAGAUCGCGGGUUUCGGGAGUGAAAAAUCGCAGUGAAAAUCGGUGACUUCAACGCAGCGAUAAUCGAACAACCGCGCGAUCAUGUGUCGGAUGUGUUCCAAGGUGAUCGGUAAAAUCGAAGGCUUCAAGGGUUCCUGAGGAUCGCGGUGUAGACGAGUCUUUGACUAAAGGAAAAAGAUAUCCAUCCGCGGAGACUUGAAGAUAAAAAAAAAAGAAAAGAAAACAGACAUCGCGAGUCGCGGUUCUAACGAUCGGUGAAAUUUUUAACAUCACUUUACAAGAUCUCCCGUCUUACUUUCGAAUGAUAAAUAAGAACUCGUCUGAGUGUGUGCGUGUGUGUGUGUGCGUUUGUUACAUGCGAAUGUAUAUUCUAUGCACGUAAUCGCGUUGCAGCGCUGCUGACGUACGAAUGAGGAGUACGACACACCUGUUGCUGGACACGGUUGAGGACCACUAAACUGCAGGCUUUUAAGAGGAGAAAAAAGCGGGAAUUAUGACGCGGAAAUUGAGCAAAUUUCUUAUACUCUUCGACAAUACCAAUCUCCUGUAUUUUCCCGGGCACUUUCUGUCGGGCAGAGUGCUAAUCGAGCUCGAUGACGAGGCCUACGUUUCCGGGCUGCAUUUCCACGUCGUUGGCGAGGGGGUUGUAAGGGUUCGAAGUCAGCGCGCCGAGCGGGUCUACGACAAGGAGAACUACAUCGAUUUCCGGAUGAGACUUUUGGGGGAGCCAGGCGAAGGGCCGUCCCUCCUGUCCCCGGGGAUCCACAGCUUCCCCUUCAAGCUCGGACUUCCUCUCGGACUGCCCUCGACCUUCCUCGGGAAGCACGGAUGGGUCCAGUACUACUGCAAGGCGGCCCUGCGCGAGCCUGGAGGCCUGACGCACAAGAACCAGCAGGUCUUCAUCGUGAUGAACCCGAUCGAUCUCAACCUGGAGCCUCCGAUACUGGCGCAGCCUGCAAGGCUCGAGGUCGAGCAGCGAGUCGGCGUCUCCUGCGUCUCGGGGGGCCCCGUUUUCUGCAGGGUCAGUCUUGACCGCGGUGGAUACGUCCCUGGAGAGACCAUCGGAAUUUCCGCCACGGUCAGCAACCGCAGCAAGGUGACCAUGAAGUCCACCAAGGCUUCGCUUACCGAGACGAUCCAGUACUUGUGUCGAGGAAAGGUCCUGGCGAGCGAGACUCGGGAGCUCGCCAGCGUUUCGAGGGGGAAAAUUCGACCCGGGGAUGGCGAGGAGUGGCUAAACGAGCAGAUGUACGUCCCUCCGUUGCCGCCGACGAAUCUGCGAGGGUGUCACCUGAUAAACAUACUCUACCACGUAUACUUCGUCAUCACUCCCAAGAGCCUCGACAAGGAGAUCAAGCUCCAGAUACCGAUCGUCCUGGCCACUUAUCCGCUCAGACCGGAAGGAGCGCCGGCCGGAACCGCGCCCUCGAAAAGGGGGGCCCACUACCCUUCUACUUUGCCGAUAUUCAGGCCCUGGCUGGACGACAAGGCCUUUGAUGUCCAGGAGUAGAUUAUCCUCGAUGAGGAGGACGCGUCUCGCAUCUCAAUUACUGUUUUUCAUGAUUUUAUUUUUACAGUAACAUUUGUUUAAUAAUUUCAAAUUCUUACACGCAGAAGAGUAAGUUGUAAAGUAAUGCGGAAAAGUUUUUUUCUUCCUUUUUUAUGGCACAUCUCUCUGGUAUGGUCGCCUGAAGUUACCCGUAUUAAAAUCUGGUAGACGCGAUGUCUCAACUUUCACGCAUGUGACAAAA